CCCUUGUUUGGAGCACUGCUGCUACUCCAAUACUGGCUCCUUCUUGUGAAGUAGCGGGCAAAAACAGCUGGAACGAAAGGGCUGGAGACGGUGUGGAGCCUGCCGAGUGCGGCGGGUAGUGUGAUUUCCUGUGGGUUGUUGGUUGCUGCGUUGGCGUCGGCAUGGGUCAGAUACUGAGUGACCACCGGUCCACCUACGCCCGCACCAACCUCCCCCCUGCAAUGGAGGUGCUGGCCAACUGGGGAUUCGACAAGACACUCAAGGUAGGUAACUACAUGCUUGCAAACAUACAGCCAUGCAUCCAAACGGACGAACCAAUGUUCUCUGUCUCUCAUGUGGCGUCUCCCUCUCUGUGUGUCAAGGCGUACACGGCGUUCCUUGCGCUGCCUCAGAAAGGGUUUGCCACGAGUCCUGCCAAGGCCCAGGAGGUGCUGGGUCUGCACAGCAAGGCGCAUGCCGACGGCGUGUGGCGUGUGCUCGACCCCAGGAACAGGGGAACCGUCUUCAUGGACGAGGUUAACAAGACAAGAUGGGCCGCAUUGUCACCCACCGGUCCGUCCGGUGUGUGUUUGUCGGUCACUCACAUCAGGUGUUUGUGCUGAUAGUACUGUUGAGCGUCAUGCACAAGAAGACCAAGCUCGUGCUGCUCUUCUCCAUGUUUGACUUCAACGGCGACGAGACCAUUCGCGAAGCCGAGUACUUCUGCCUCCUCAAGGCGCUUUUCAGGGGCCUCGCGCGCGUCUACGGCCGCCCCAUCCCACACAUCUCGUCACUGGAGCCCAUCUGCCUCAAGUCCUUUGACGAAAUCGACUCCUCCAUCACACGCGACAGGAUCAUCUCCCUGGAUGAAUUCACUUCCUUCCUGACGGGCCCACAUGCGAGGCUGGAGAAGGUGUUCCUGGGCUUCAACUUGGAGGGAACGGACAGCCUGGUGCUGCCCAAGUCGCUGGUGCUCCAGCGGUCGGAUGUGGGGAGACGGAGCUUCCUUAACCACCUGGUGCAGGUGGACCAGCUGCUGUACAACCAUAGAGACAGGUAGGCUGCUUGGGGUCUUGCUGAUCCAUCAGUCCAUUCCAUCCAGCCUUUCGUAUAUGUGUGGUGCAGGAUGGUGAACGAUCGCGUCCGCUUGACUGACCUCUUGGCUGCGAGCAUCGAGCUGGCCGAACACGCAGCGGAGAUCCUGCAGGACGUCCACAAUGCACUCGUAUACGACAGGUGAGAACACUCCUCCUUCCAACCUUCCCCCAACAAGCCGGGAGUCUGCCUGUGUCUGUGUCUGUGUCUGUGUGUCGUGCAGGUCUGUUCGGCUGUCCCAAGGUGUGUACCUGGAGUGCGCCGCCCGUCAGGCCCACCACAAGCGGCCGUCCCUCUUUGCGCAGCAGCACGAGACACACCACUGGAUGGACGCAAUGUCGCCGGCGGACAACAAGAAGGGGUCUUCCAGCCCUGGCGGUGCAGGGGGGCAGACGCCGGACGUUGAGCGGGUGUUCAUACCCACGCACGCCGCCGCAGAAUACAAGGCAGGCAAUACACAGAACAGAGAAGGAGGCAUGAGUGGGUUGAUUGAUGUGUGGGUCUCCUCCUUUUCUUCGUUCCUUCGUUGUGUCCACUCCACAGGUGCAGCAGAUGGUGUUGGAUCAGAUGACGCUGAUCUACCCCGACCUGACGGUGGUGGGCCAGGCGCCCGAUAGGGCGUUGCAGAGCCCGGCCGUCGCCAGCGAGCUCGAGAAGACACUCAGCACCAAGAUACAUGGACGAGCGGUGAGAGAAAGCAGACAGACAGACAGACACGCUGGCUGUGGAUAUAUUGCAUUCGGGAGUGAAUGUGCGUAUUUGUCUGUGUCAGUUGUGUGGGGGCGGCGAGAUCCGCAUCACUGUCAACCACAUAGAGGACCUUUCGCUCGCUCCAGAGGACGACAUCGAUCCGCUACGUGACCCUUUUGUGCAAAUCGACGUCGUACACGGACACCCUGGUAACCCUCGCACACACGCAGAGAGGAAGCGGCGAGCGUCCAUCGCGGUCAUGCGCGCAUCUGUGGACAGAUGCUCUCAACCUGAGCACAGUCCCGAUGCAGCCGGCUGCGGCUGCCGCUGCUGCUGCUGCUGCUGCGGCCCCCCUGUCCUUGUCAGAGGAGCCCAUGACUGCAGGUGGUGCCGGGCGCAGGGCGCCCCUCACAUCUCGCACCGCCUCGGGCAAUGUCAGCCGGCAGGGCAGCCGACAGAUGACCAAACAGGGCAGCCGAGACAGCACCGAUGGCCGGCCCCGCACCACGAGGCGAGCCAGCCACGACGGCCCACCUGCGUCUCAGAGGGGAAGGCGGCUGAGCCACGACCAGGCGUCCUACAGCCGGCAGUCGUCCAUCACGUCGGCAGCAGCAGCAGCAGCAGCAGCAUCGUCGCGAAGGCAGCGGCGGGCCAACACGGGUGAGAGGCUGAUGAUGCUUGAGGGGGUGGACGUGCCGCCGGAAAGGGUGUGGAAUGGGCGGCUGGGGGUGAGUUACAUGAGGGGCGGGGAGAGCGUGCCGGGGGACACUGUCGCAGGGGUGGCCACGGCAAAGUGCAAACAAUCCGCCAGCCCCAGUGAGUGAGGGGCUCUCAAGGGGAGUUUUUUUUUUAUGGGGUGUGUGUACUUCAGGUUGGCAUGAGGACUUGACGCUGCGUCUAGAGGAGAUCAAAGAGGUGCACUACCUGAGCUUUGCCGUGUUUGCCUACGCUCCAAACGGCGUCAUCCACUGUCUUGGCAGGGUCAGUCAGUCAGCGCUCACCACGCUGUGUGCAUAUGGCACAUAUUUUGUACGUGCCAUGGUAUCUAUCCAUCAGAGUGUAUUGGGGAUGCGGGAUUUGAUUCGCUACACCGGCGAGGAUGAGACAGACAUCGAGCUGAAGCUCAACACGCCUCCAGAACGAGUGAGUGAGUGGGCGGUUGGCCAGACAGACAGGCAUUUAUUCGUGCAUCCCUAUCUCGCCCCGAUUCCUUGCAGAGCGUGCUUGUGAGCACUCAGAGUGCCAAGCUCUUCUGCUCGGUGGCUUUCCGUCCAGACGACCCGCAGUCCUUCCUGCAAGUGAAGCAAAAGACACAAGACACCCACCCCUUUGUUCCAUAUCUAUCUUUGCCCAUGCACAUGUUCAGGUGAAUGUGGGCCGCCUGUCAGCCCUCGACUACAGCGUCAAGCCCUUCUACAGCAUCAACGACAUCAUCCUCUUCAUCGCACCACUCCAACACACUGCAGCCUUCGAUGCAGUUCCCUCAGACGGCCAGCAGCACCCCAACAAAGCCCUCUCGGGCGAGGCCAUCCCCACCCCAGCCGACAUCCUAGGCGGCGGGACCAUCGUCAUGGGCCAGGGGCAGCCCUCCCUCACUCCCGGCACACGCAGGCUGUCCCUGGACUCGCACACCAACAGCACGGCGUCUUUGAUCAAGGAGGAGCUGCGGUACUGUACCACGAGUAUCGGUGUGGCCGCCAAGGGGCAGCCCGUGUGCGGCGUGGUGUACUUCCCUUUUGCGCGAGACAUGAGUGUGGCGGGGCUGGGUGAGUAUGGGGUGCUCAGCAGCCGACUGCUGACGGACACAAGCAUCAGCCAGAUGCCUUUCCUCAGCCAAAUCAGAGAGGAGGGUGGGCAGCAGGGAGCCACAGUGGGGGGGCCAGGGGAGGGGGGAGACCGGAGGGAGCAGGCCGCCAUGACGGUCAAUGCUGAGAUGGUGAGCAGUGUGGGAGAGAGUGACAAGAUACGUUGAUCACAUCGCGAUGCUUGGUUUUCGCCCGCGUGCAGCACAUGAUGAAGACGGUGGAUCGGCCUCCGGAUCGCCUGGCUGUGCGCCUUGUCGGCGCCAGCAGGAAUGACCAGCUGCCUGUACCUUACCAGUAAGUGAGUUGCCAGACAGGUAUAUGAGACAUGAAACGCAUGACCUCGGUCUCACUUGUCUGUGUCUGUAGGCGGCUGUUGGACAUUCUGGAGCCUUCUCAGGUAUGUCCGGCCCCGCCGGGCACUGCAGCAGCCGCCGCCACCUCCAGCCGCGCCAUCAGGCACAUCCCCUCGUCAACGUCGUCUAACUACUCGGCCAGCAUCAGCGAGCAUCUGCAUGAGAUCGCACAGUUCAGGGCGUCCAACGUGCCGCCAUCUCUCGGAGAGAGCAUGGUCGCCACAAUCAAGGGGUAAGGAAGACGGCCCGUGUUCUGGUCACAAUGGAUGGAUGCGCGUCUCUCUUUCUCUUCCCCUUUCUCUCAGGACGGCGGAUCUGUGCAUAUCGGUUCCUGGUGGCGGUGUGGCCAAGCCGGGGAGGCAGACGAGCCCCAUUGACGAAGACGAUGAAGACAUGAGGGGCUGCUGGAAGUGGGACUUCUGCGCAGCGGACGCCAUUCUCAGAGCUACCGGGGGCGGCAUACUUAACCAGAAGGUGCGCCUGCCGCCAAUACGGGCGGAAACACGGCACUUGCAUUCGGUGUCUCUCUUGUACACCUGUUUGUGUAGGGUGAUUUGUUGUCGUACGGUGACGAAGAGCCGGCCUACACCGGCUCGGUUGUGUGUGCGGGGACCCCCCAGCAUCUGGACCGAUGCCAGCAGCAGCUCAAACUUGAGAGCAUCCGAUUCGCGUGAUUGGUCGAUGUGUCUGCCAUUCGAUACAACACUCUCCUGCUGUGGAUUUUUCUUCAGUGUUUGAUAUUACAUUUUUACAUUUAAAAUUCAGCUCCUUUUGUAAGAUAGCUCCGUGUGAUAUGUCAGCAUCCUUUAUAUCGAUCCUUUUUCCCUUUUCCGGCGGUGUUUUGUACAACCGUGGUGCGCGUGUAUUGGUGCGUGACUAUGCGUGACCUGGGGAGUCUGUUCUUGUUCUCUUAGCUUUCCUUUCUCCUUUCUGUGCGCGGCUGGUGGACAAUGACGUGUUUUCUCAAAGGCUUAAUAUGAU